AAUAGAACGAAAUGCAUCAUACCUAAUUCAAUAAAAUAAUAUAAAACAGAAAUUGUUGUUCAUCUAUUAUCACCUUAUGAAACGAAAGAAACUUUUUGGACAACCUAGUAAUUAAAAAUACGAUAACUGAUCGAAUUAUGUUUUGCAAUAAGUUUCCUAAGCCAUUUCUAGCGAAAAAGUUUUGAAAUUUAUUAUUCGAUAGAGCAUUCUAUGAAAAUAUUCAGAAAAAUAUAGGUGUUUAUUAAAUUUAUUUGAAUUAUUUAAACUGAUAAUUAUCUUUGAAAUGCGAAAGAUCGAGAAGGAGAAAGUAUAAGGAAAAAUAGAAAUGCUUAUGAGUUAAAGGGAUAAAAUCGGCAGUAAUUUCUUUUUAAGGAAUUAUAAAUUACUGAUUAAUGGUUUCUUAGUAGAUCGGAUUCAUCGAUUGACAGUGAUAAAGAAUCUUAGGAUAACUGUUGUAAGAGACAUGUACAUUAAAAGCUCUUAAAUGGAAGUAUCAAUACAUGUACUAACGAGAAGACAUGCUUUUAUCUCUCUUAUAGUGGCGGUCAAAAUGUUCUGGUUGAGCUAACAAACAAAAUUUUAUUUUUCAAAAUUCAAUUCAACGAUAUAACAAACCUAUAUAACAACCGGAUACUUUUGAUAGUUACUAUCACUAUAUUUAAUAUUCUCAAGAUUUCAAACAAAAAGAAUAUGUGGAGUUCGCUAUACGUUUGCUCAAUCAACGUUUCACACUUCCAAAAAUCAUCAAGCCAAUCUCACAAUAACACGAAAACUUCACAAACUCGCAUUUCUCAGCAUCGUGUCAGCACGAAGCUAUUCAAUUCAACGGCGGAAACUUGCUGCACGAACCACGUGUCCUACAAUUCCCGAACUUUUUAACGCGGCCGUGUUUCCACCGAGGAAAAUAAACGAGUUCGUUCGAAACAAAUGCCGCGACGUUUCCGAAACGUGCUCCAGCGAAGAAUCAGCGUGGCGCGCAUCGAUUUGACUUCCAAAUGGGACUGUAGAAAGCGAGAUCACGUUCGGGACACCGGUUUUCGAGGUAGUCAGUCGUCUGGUAGCAGCGAACGACAACGAAUCCAUGCGAAGUGAAUUUUAACACGGCUCCAUCCGUCGAUUCCUCUCGUUUAACCGACUUUCCACUCGCGUACUCGCGUUCAUACUAACUUUGAAAUACGCCUCGUGUUUCCAUACUUUGGUACAUUCUUAGUCUUUCUUUUUUUCUUCUUUCCUUUUUGUGUUUAUUUAUCUCCGUCGUUCGUUGACCACCAUUAUCGUAGCUUUAUCACGACACUGAUAAAUGGUCCCCUUCUUGCUCGUCGAGAUACGGAAUGGCGCACGCAAUGAGAUGAAUGAAACGUUAAGGAAACAACGAGCUACGUCGCCCAUUCUUCGCGUUUUCUUUCUCGGUACGAAGCCAGCUGGACGGCUAACGUGAAACAAUGGAGAACAAUCUUGCGAACGAGGUGAAAGAGCUGUGGGUCGUUUACGUUUGGUGGUCAUGCGUUCUCAUUCUGAAGAUGAACGCCCUGACGUGGUUCACUGGGCGAAUACGAGCCACCAGACGGGUGAUUCACAGCGAGGAGGACAAAAUGUGGUUGGCAAGUACCGACAUAAUUUUAUGUCCUACCGGAGGAGGUCACGAGGACGUGGUUCGCAUCAGAAAUGCACAUCAACAUGAUCUUGGAAUUGUAAUCCCUUAUCUGCUAAUUGCACCGAUAUGGCUGACUACGUCACCGCUGUUUCCUAUGGCUAGAUUGAUUUUACCCGCUUUUGCGGUAGUUAGCAUAUUACGUACGUUGCUCCACAUUAAAUUCGUGGACCUGCAUCGUUAUUGCAUAACAAUUCUGUCCAUCUCGGAACUUUGCAUUCUAAUUUACAUGUCCGUGGUAUCUGCGUUUUACUACGCAUCUUGAUCUCGGUAUAGUAAUAUACCUAUUUCUUGCAGUUCUAGAAACGUGAUCGUUGCAUUUUGAUACGAUACGUAGCUGCAGCGUUCAACGUGUCUCGUGUCGCGUAAAUCAGUAAAUGUAGACGUCAUCAUUAGUGCGGUUUAUAAAGGUCUCUUUAAUAAAAUUGAAAUAUGAAAAAACUUAAA